AUGGUCCAUUUCAGGUUGCAGCAUAUCGAUCUCUGCCUCGUUGUUCAGGACAUGGACGACAUAUUCUCACCUUUGGCUUUCUUGUGGCACGCUAUGAUUGUCCUGGGCUGCUGCAGUGAGGUGACUCACAUGAUGCAGUUCGAUCCAUACGAGGACGUGAUAGCCACCGCUCAGUUCACUCUUGACAUGGUCUACAUGCUGGUGGGCUUCGUGGCCGUCUCCUUCUCGGCGGCCGCCGUGUGCGAGGCGCACGAUGACUCGCUGCCUCAGGUCAACCGCCUGGCGGCCGUGCACUGUGCGGUUGCACCGGUCCCUGACCAGGAGUUCCUGGAGCAGGCGUCCCUCCUCAUGUCGCAGAUGCAGACUAAGGACGUGUCCCUGACGGCAUGGAAGUUCUACGAGCUCAACCGCGCCGCACUCGUCACGACAGGAGGCGCCGUGGCGACUUACGUGGUGGUGGUCCUCCAGAUGGCCCCGUCAUUUUUGGAAGCCGCGAAAGAAUGA